GAAAAACAGUGAUUGGACAAGCAGUCAUGCUGCACGGUAAGUCCAGAGUUAUCUAUUGUCCGUCGACACUGUGAAACGUCAGUCAUUACAGGAGGAGGCCGACAAUCGCAGCUCUGACUGACCGUUCCAUCACCCGUUGGCCGCUUGCUCCUCGCGUGAUCGCUGCUCAAGGCUGGUUCGAUUGCCGCGGUCUUCUUCAGAAUAGAUACGGAUCAGAGACGGCAUGAUUCUCGGCAAAACCACUGUAUCUAGAUGGCCCUCGAGGCUGUUUUUGGCCAGCGUUUUUCUAGCGGCCAUAGCCUUACAUCCCUGCACAAUGUUUCUAAUUCCGCCAGGUCAAACAGAGUUUGUCUUGUUGGGUGGACCUGACGAUCCUACAUCUCUAUACCCGGGAGACGCCACCGCGUUUCGGUUAAUGAUGCCAAGUCAAAAGGAACGCGAUCCCAACCAUUGCGAGCCAUAUGAGGUGAUGGUCAUCGAAGACGAUGACUGUCAUAUCUAUUGUGAAGUCAACGGAAAGAUUGGCAAUCUCGAGAUUCGCGAUCCCGGCCAUCGAACGUUGCAAGCAUGUAAAACUAUUAACAAUGGAUGCAAUUCGUGUAUGCGGCAGUUCGACGAGAACCAGGGUUCAAUGAAAAUUUUUGGUCGGUGCGGACCUGGCUGCGUCUGUCAGCCAAUGGCUAGCUACACGCACCAUCUACAAGACAAACGAGAGUGUGAAAAAGCUACUAACCAUAGUAAUUUUGAAGCACUCACACGAAAAAUUGACAAAAAGGAACGUAUACAUUUCCAAGUUAUUAUCCCCCCUAUCGGAAGUCGUAACAAGAAAAGAUGUGAAGACUAUGAGACUCCGAUGACCAGGGAAGAAUUGCUGACAUCUGGCCAAUGCAGGCAAAUGUGUAAGAUCGAAGGCCUAUUCGGCCUCGUCAGGAUUCGAGGUAGCCACCGCGUCAUCGACGCACUCCCAAACCGCUUUCCUGAGCGCUGCCAGCUUCCGAUCCUUCAGGGAAAUAGCAUUCUAUUGCCGGACUUUGCUGUCGCGUCUGUUCACGGUCUCUGCGACAACUUCGGUAAUUGCGUUAAGGAUGAGAUUUACAUGAAUUGACUCGUUUCAACCUCAGGUCUACCUUAAUUCUGUUAGGCUCUAAAAAACUGCACUGACCAAACUUACUGGACAUUUUGUGUAUGAAGUAUACUGUAAAAACUCAGGGAUUUUAUGUUCGAUGCAAUUAAGCAAGACUAGAGUUACGCUCGAAAGGCGAUUUAGGUAAGAAAGGUUGGAAUCGGAACGUUUUGCCCAAGAAGCCUCCUCUUCAUUGGCCCACCUAGUACAUAUGACAAUUUAGUAUCAGUUGGUAGCUGUGCAACGUCCCCGACCUUCCGUGAGCUGCGUUACGUUCGGUCUAGAGUACAUAACCUAUUGUUUCGUCCCUGUUACACAAACAUAGCUUGACUUGAUCAGUUAGUGAACAUCGACAAGUUGUACCUGUUGACAAAUUCAUAGUUAAGCAACAAACGCAUGUAAAUAAUAUGUUCUUAACAACAAUGUUAAUUUCAUGCACGUGUUUAUUUUUUUUUUUCACACAUCGGAUAUGUUUUGGGAUUGG